UCUCUCUCUUCCCCCAUUUCCCGAGCCAACAUCGCCUCCGGUGGUCUGGAAUUCGCAGGCGCUCCGCUUCUCCUCCUUCCAUCUUCGAGGAAACUGUGUUUCAGAGAGAGAGAGAGAGAGAGAGAAACUCGUCGUAUCUCUUCACCUGCGAUCGCGUCUGCACGGCCUGAUGGUGUGAUGCGGGCUGCGGUUGCGAAGCUUGGCCUCAGCCACAUCCUCCUACUCGCGACCGCCGUACGUCACCACGCGCUCUGGCACCAUUCAGUGGCGAUGUUCCUACAGCGCUCUGUUGAACGGCUGCAUACAAGUCCACUUUGCUAUUGACAGCUCCAUACAAGUCCAUUUCGCUAGCGGCCAUUCCAAUUUUCCCGUACUCGUGGGCGUGACGCAAACUAAAAUCGCUAAAUGCCAAGAAAAAGAGCGAAGAGAACUGUUAAACAACCUGCUUCACCACCUGGUGGAGAUGAGGAAAGGCCAUCAGAAAGAGCCCAUGACGAUGCUUCGACGGACAUGGAAGUGGAAAAAAGAGUUGCAGCAAUCAGAGCUAUUCGUGAUGUACAGAUUGAGCAUUUGCUGACUGAAUUACGUCUACUGCGCUCUUGUAUGACUGAAGAACAGAUGGGAAGUCCCGUGCUACAGUUUUUCACUGAAAAUCUUCCACAUCUAUCAUUUGACCUAGACAGAGAAGAUGGGCAGUUCGAAGUCCGUGAGGGAAACAAAGAUGGAAAAUUAUGUCUAGACAACACUGAUGGAAAAACUCUACAUGCUUCAUUUCUCCACCGAAUGUCCAUAGCUCAUCCUGGAAACUCUGAUGCGGUUCCAUACUUUGGUGGCUUUGAGUUUUCCAGUAAAGGUGGGAAAGCAGGCCUUCUUAGUACGGAAAAUUUGCAAGUGAGGGACUUUGUUUCGGAUGAGCCAUCAGACUAUCAGAUGCUUGGGCUGCCAGAUACUCUUAGAACUCCUGGGCUGAGUAGCCAAAGGCUCUCCAUAGGGAUGACACCUAAAACCUUAAGGUUGCCUAAGCCUGGGGAGAUGCUUCUAUCUGUUCGCGGUUCUCCUCUCGGUGUCUACAAAGAAGAGAACAUGGAAGUGAUAAAUGAAUCUGAUGAAGAUUGACUCAAUCCAAGUCUGUCAGGAAUCGUGCUUUAAGUGGCAGCAAAAUGUCGAUUAAGUCUAAUUGCCACUGCUAUAAUAGAGAAGCUUUCGCCAUGAUAAGCGAAUCUGAGCUUGUAUUGAAAAUUGAAUUGCGGCUGCGUAUCUCCCUAACAUCGGAAACAGGUGCUCGUCAACUGCACUGUCUUGCUUCUAGGGAUGUAUUCUUCUUUUUUACGACAAUGUGUCAAGUAGAUUAUUGAGCUUAUUCUGUUACAUGCACCAUCAAGUGUUUCUGCGGCAUAGCUAACUUGUUUUGCUGAUCCA